AUAUCAGCUAACACUAUGACGUUUUUCCAAAGUAUUUUUCUAAAGGUUUACCAUCUUCAAAUGUCGUGUCUUCGGCAGGUCACUUCCAUCCGGCAAGACUUCAACGACCUGCUCGAGGCUCUUCCGGAGGGCACGAUGGCCGGGUCCCCAGCGGCGGCCGCCCCCGGGGGAGAGCGCGCCCCGGCCUCGGAGGUGAUGAGCACGCCCCAGGCAACGCAGGAGAGCGAAGGGGGCGCCGCCCGGCAGGUGACGAGGGCCGCCCACGACCGUCAGGCGCAACGCCUGGCCGCCCUCGAGCGCCGGGCUGAUGACUUCGACUUCGCUCUUACACGAGCACAAAAGCAGUGGUCUGCCGCGAGCCCCGCGACGCGCUGCGAGGACCAGUUGGCGGAACUUAGCGAGACGGAGCGUCAGCUGGAGACACGCGUGGAGGCUGUCACGAGCGGCGUCGGCGAGGUCAGGCUCUCCUCCGUGCAGCUCCUGGCGGCGCUCGAAGCCUUAGAGGCCCGACUCGAGAAGGAGGUGUCCGAGGUGAAGCAGGAGGUGGCCAAGUUGGAGUUCAGCGGUGCUCAGUGGGCGGCCGACCACAAGGGUAACCUGGACGAGGCUCGCGUGGCCCUCGACGACGCCGCCGCCCUCAGGACCGACCUGGAGGCCGUCUCGCGACGCCUUGACCGCCUGACGCUCAAGACUGCCGGCCUCGAGAGCGGCAAAUUGGAGGGCCAAGUCUCGAGAGCUGAGUGCCGAACCAAGCACCUCGCCCUCGAGCUGAGAGUGAGCGAUGCCGUGGAGCGCCUGAGAGCAGUGGAGGAGCACGUUCAUCACCGGCCCUCGAGGUCUCCUGAGGGCCAGCCGGACGACGCCAGCUAGUCUCUUUCGCACACGUCGCUUGGAAAAGACAAGUGGGCCGGGCCGUGCCACCGUAGCGAGUAGAGCCCCGACCCUCCGCAGUCUGUCCCUCCGAGAAUCGAAGCCGCUGCCCAGGAAGGCCGCGCGAGGGGAAGGCUCGCAGGCCGCCGACGGCGCGCCGGGGCCUUCGGGCUGCCCCUCGCCUCCCGCACCUUCCCUCUCUCAGAUCUAGUCUACGCCUUGAUUAUUCCGCCCCAGGAUGCCCCCCCCCCCCCGCUCUAAUGUAGUGCCUAAGAAAACGUUUUGGUCAUCAUUUCCUAGUCAGAGGAGAAAAAACAUAUAUAGAAAUUUAAAUUUUAGAGAUUUGAAAUAAUAUCUUUCUAAUAUAAAUGAACUUUUCUCAAAGAUCGUUAUUUCAAAAUGUUGACAUUGCAUUAUUAUUAUUAUUAUUAUUAUUAUUAUUAUUAUUAUUAUUAUUAUUAUUAUUAUUAUUAUUAUUAUUAUUAUUAUUAUUAUUAUUAUUAUUAUUAUUAUUAUUAUUAUUAUUAUUAUUAUUGUUAUUAUUAUCAUCAUCAUCACCAUCAUCAUUUCUUAUAAUCAUUAUUUUUUGUUAUUGUUAUUAUUAUUAUUAUUAUUAUUUGAUGAUAAUGAGGAGGAGCUUAAUAGAUUUGAUGAUUAUCUUUAUCAUGAUUUAAUGCAUUAUGGUAUGGAUAUUGGUAAUAAUGAUAGGGAUAAUAAUGGUUAUUUAUGACGUUAGUUAAUAUAAUGCUGAUUAUGGUUAUAAUGAUUAUAAAAGUAAUGAUAAUAACAAUAACAACUAAAACAAUAACAGUGAUGAUCAUAAAAAGGAAUGAUGAUUUUCGUUACAUUAGUGUGAUAUCUUAUGUUUAAUUUCUUCACUGUGUAUGGAUAGUUUAGAUUCCUCUUUUUGAUCUUGAAACAACGAUUCUUCUGAAAGUGUCAAAGGUUCAUGUGAACGUUUAUGCUAGGAUUAAGAAACCCGAUUAUUCUUACCUAACUGUCAAUGUCAAACCAAGGUAUAGUCACGUACCAGUGUCUCCAUUGUCACGGUUGAAUGUUUGGUAAAAUGAGAAUGAGUCUGAACAGAGUUGUCUUUGACGAAGGCAGAACACGUGUGAAUGAGAGCGAAAAAUUCGACAAGGCAGCUGACUGGCGUCGCGAUGUGAUCCCUUCGUCAGGAAAAAAAGUGAUUCGGCCGAAGAUGAAGCGUCGUUCGCCAGUCGCCGCUCUCGUUCACGCCCAGACGCCCGGCCUCCGGGAAGGCCUCGAGCGUGUAAAUACUGUAAAUAUGCUCGUUUUUUGUACAGAAUAUUUUUAUAUGUUGAAUAAAUUGUACUCCAGUGGUUGA